AUGACUGCAACAGUUUCCACUUCAAAAGUACUCUCCGAGCCGCAUCGGGCUGUUUGCUCUCCGCCCUCCUCCUUUACGCCCAUAAAAUCACUCGUCAUAGACGAUAAUCUAAUAACUGGCAAGAUACUAUCCAAAAUGCUCGAAAGCGAGUUUGGGCACAGUGUCACGUGUUUAGAAUCUGGAGAGGAAGGAUUACAAGUGUUGAGGAUGGAUGCGUAUGAUUUAAUAUUCAUGGACAUUGAUAUGCCCGGGUUAGACGGGGUUGAGACAUCUACUGUGAUUAGAAAGGAGGCGGCAAUAUUGGAAACAAAUAGAAAGAUACCAAUCAUUGCUUAUACAACCAAUAAAAGAUCGCAAAGAUUUUUCGAAUGUGGAAUGGACGGUUUCUUGGCAAAACCGGUAACGCAAGAAUCACUACGGACUGAAUUAGAACGCGUAUCAGCAAAAGCUUGA